ACCUUAAAGAUGAUUUGACAGCUUCUACAGCCAGUGUAAUGGAUUUUUUGGCAAAGUUAUUUUCUUUCCCAACCGUUUUAGAGUACAUGCGAGCAGCUGCUUUAUCCGAUUCUAAUCACUCUUUGAAAACUUUGAUACCACGAUUAUAUCCAUUCUUUCGUCAUACAAUUACUUCAGUACGUGUCGCAGUACUAAAUACUCUGUUGACAUUUCUGGGUAUGAAUGAAAUUGAAGAAUGGGUUGAUCAUCGCACUUUUAGACUCGUGUUUCAGAAUAUGAUUGUUGAGGAAAAAAAGGAUGUUCUUGGUCUCUCUUUAAAAGUCUGGUCUUGCUUAGUUUCUCAUGCGUCAUCAUCUGUCGCAGAGAAUAAGCUCGUUCAUUUUACAUCUCAACAUAUUGGAACUUGGUUUUCAAUAAUCAUGACCCCAUUAGGUACACCAAUUGAUCGUCGAUUAUUUUUUGUUCCUGACGGUCCGAUUCCGAUGGAAAUAGCACCCGUCACGGCAUUACCCUCAUCUACUAGUUCAAGAAGAAAUUCGGGUCGUUCUCAAUCAAAUAAUAAUGGAAACACGGUAUUGACAUCAAGUCAUAGCAUUGAUACUGGGAUGUUACAACAAGAUUUUGCAUUGGUUUCUGUGGAUAUUGUGUUAAGAGGGAGAGUGACUGCUUCUAAAGGCUUGGGAAUAUUGAUGAGUUAUUGGCCUAAUGAUUCUUUAGAAACAACAUUUAAGGAUUUUAUUUUAGCAUAUCUUUCUUCUCCAUGGGCAUCAAAUAAACAAUUAGCGGCAGUCAUCACCGAAGAAUGGUCACGAUCUACAAUAGUCAACAUUCAGACCCCAUUGACCCAGGUUUCUCCUCUAGUCUCGAUUAUUUCUAGCUUUAUGAUUUCGAUAUUAGAGUCUAACCCGCCGAACUUUUAUUCCGAACUUGUUUCUGUUCUCCGCCGUAUUCGAGCGGAAUGCCAAGCAAUGCUUAAUACGUUCGUAUCCGUUGGAAAAGUUAGCCCCAAUAAUAUUCCACCGUUACCUACUCAAGUUAUUGGAGAAGCAAUCCAAACAGACAAUUCAACUACUUUGUUUAGCGUAGAAGUAGCCGCGGAAAUGUCGGAAAAUGUCUUCAAAAAUUUAUUGACUCAAGUAUUAGGUAGAAAUCGUAAAUCUUCAACCGAGGAUGUAGAGAGUCAGCUACAUGAUCGCCAGCGCCGUGUAGUAGCUUCAAUUGGAUAUUAUGAGGCUACGAAACAAAAAAAUGAU